UCGUAAAGACAUACUUUGGAUCAAGUUUAGCCAUCAAUAGGUUUCUUCUUCCUGAGUCCAAUCGCGGACGUCAUUCCUUGUUUAGAAGAUGGCGGAUUCUAAGUUGUAUGAUUUAUUAGGUGUGAGUAGAAAUGCAUCUGAAGUUGAAAUUAAAAAGGCAUACAGAAAGUUGGCAAAGGAAUUUCAUCCCGACAAGAAUCCAGAAGCUGGGGACAAAUUCAAAGAGAUUUCAUUUGCUUAUGAAGUAUUGUCUGAUUCCAAGAAACGUUCCACAUAUGACAGAGUUGGGCUGAAGGGCAUGCAAGAAGGAGCCCAUGAAGGACAUGGCUUUUCUUCAGAUGAUUUGUUCUCACAGAUAUUUGGUGGUGGUCUGUUUGGUAUGGGGCCUGGUAUGAGAGGCAGAAGACGUCACAGAGGAGAGGAUACCAUACACACACUAAAGGUCUCCCUAGAAGAUCUGUACAAUGGUAAAACAUCCAAAUUGCAGCUUAGUAAGAAUGUCAUCUGUACAACUUGCGGUGGGAAAGGAGGAAGAGCAGGUACAACGCAUACAUGCCGAACAUGUGCUGGUUGUGGUUUUAAAGUUACCUAUAGACAGUUGGGACCUGGAAUGACGCAGCAACUGCAGUCAAGAUGUCCAACAUGUGGUGGUGAAGGUGAGGUCAUACACGAGAAGGAUCGUUGUGUAGCAUGCAGGGGUAAAAAAGUUGUGAAUGAAACAAAAAUACUAGAAGUCCAUGUUGAUAAGGGAAUGAAGGAAAGUCAGAAAAUAUACUUUCGUGGAGAAGGGGACCAACAGCCUGAUGUUGAACCAGGGGAUGUAAUUAUAGUUCUUCAACAAAAACCACACGAUAAAUUCCAACGAACUGGUGAUGAUCUAGUUAUCACCCAUGCACUUUCUCUUACUGAAGCUCUCUGUGGCUUUGAGAUGACACUUAAACAUCUUGAUGGGCGUGAUCUUGUCAUAAAGCAUCCUCCAGGACAGGUUAUUAAACCAGGUGAUGUAAAGGGUAUUGAAAAUGAAGGAAUGCCACAGUACAGAAAUCCCUUUGAAAGGGGAAACUUAUACAUAAAGUUUGAUGUACUGUUCCCAAGCAAUAACUUUGCAAAUGAAGUAACAUUGAAGGAACUGGAAAAAUUGUUACCACCACGACCUACAUUCCACAUACCUCAAGGAGAGCACGUAGAAGAAGUUGAUCUCAAUGAGUAUGAUCCAAAUGACCGCAGUUCGGGAGGAUCAGGAAGACAGGAAGCCUAUGCAAGUGAUGAUGAGGAGUAUGGUCCUGGUUCUGGAGGCAUUCAAUGUGCCCAUCAAUGAAGAUCUCAAAAAUGUCUAUAGAAUCAAAUUGCCAUUGCAGCAAAGUUGAUUCUAUUGUGACUUGAUUGAAAUUUUGUGUGCAUGGUGUGAUUGAGAAAUGUUAAUGUAAAAUCUUAUCAAAUGAACUAUGUACACACAGAAUUUGGUGAACUGCCAUCCAUUAGGCAGUGUAAUUAAAUGUAACUCUUUUAAAAACUGCCUCUUUUGUUUAAAAUACCAGUUUAUUGUUCCACUUUGGGGUUUUUUAGUCAAUUUGAAAUUCAGUUUUUACAGUUUGUAUGAUUGGUCCAAUGUAUUGGAUUAUAGCAAUUUUGGCAUGUGGCAAAUGCACAUUCUCAAAUUAGUAAGUGUAGAGUACAUUAGAAAAAAUAUUUAUGUAGGUAGUUAUAUCUUGAAACACUCUGAAGAAAUAGUGUAUAGACUUGAGCAGCUGAAAAAAGUAAUUUCUUAACAGAAUAAAUCAUAUUACUGCAGCUUCUGAAGUCUCUACAUUAAUUUUCAACAUUGUCUGUUUUCUUAUUUUAUGAAAUAUGAGCAUAUCCCGACUUUAAGGGAAAAUAUAAUCAGAAUAUUGAAAUUUGCAGGAAGUUUUGUAGGAUGGCAUUAAAGUUUUAUGUGAGUAAAAUUGAUUCUUGGCUGUAA